CACACACACACACACAAACACACACAGAAAUGCACUGAACAAAACACCUUUAUAAAGAAUAAUAAAGCCAGUUGCACCGUCACUGACAUCACAUGUGAUCCAGCAGGGGUAGAGCAAGAGGAUCAAGCUGAAGGAGGGUCACAGUGAAGAAAACCGGGCCGCGAGGCUUUUUAUUUGGCUGGGCUCGACCGAGGGAAGCCAUUUAAGAAGGACGCGAGGAAGAGUGGAGGACAUGAGGGGAGGAAGGAGAGGCACCAAUUAGAGUUACCUGCUUUGUGGCAGGGCAGAGGGCAAAACAGGACACAAGUUGUGAACUUUCAGGUCUGCUGCUGCAGCUGUCAUGGCGAGGUCUGGUCGCCCGGCUUCUGAGAGCUACCAGUCCACCUGCUGUUCAGUCGGCCAGUCGCUGUCCUCCUCCAGUGAAGUUGGCAUUCUGGAGGACGUGGAUGACCGGACUCCGAUUUUUUCUCUUUCUAAAAGCUCCGUAGACGUCGUUACAGCAACGGGCCCGCCGCACAAACGGGACCUAGCCUGGACGCGACUGGACCUGAAGCGCAGCUCCAGCACCAACACGCACUCUGACCAGAAUCAGGUGACGCUGCAGCAGCUCCACCAUCACAAAUGGCGCCACAACAGCCACCAGUUCUCCGUCACGACUCAAAACGAGGACUUGCACAGCCCUCCUCCUCUCAGCGAGCGCUGGAUUUCCAACAUGCAUCGCUGGAGUGGGUGCAGCAGCAGCACGCACAGCCGCAGCAGCACCCCAGACACGGUUGUAUUGAAGGACGGGUCCUCGCAUCCCUGCUGUCUCAGCCAGGAAGCACCCGGCUGCUUCACCCCAGAUUCUCCGAUGUCCAAAAUAACCUCUCCUCCGAGCACACCCUCGCCGCUGAUUUCCCCUUUCCACACGCCUACUUUGCCGCCUCAAGAGAAUAUAUCUUCUUCACCGCUAACACUAAGCACGUGCCCGCUAUCUGAAUGCUCACCUUCCCCUCAGCCAACGCGUCCAGACGACAGGAGCUCCCCUGAGAAACUUUUAUUUCAGUUUCCUUCCCCGGUCCAGUCAUAUGCAAGCUUAGCAGACGCGGGGCUGUUCACAGAUCCUGAAAACCUGGUUAAUGCAGCGAGUAAAGAGCCACCCAGCCCUCGAGACACUCAAGUAUUGGAAGAAGAAGGAAAAGAAAGUGGCUCACCGCCACUCCAAACUGUUUGCAAGCUGACGCCAAAUCCUUCCGCAGAAAAACGAGACUUCGAAGCCGAACUCUCAGUUUGCCAUCGUCUGCUGCCGUUGGAGUUCGAGCAAAGCUGCCCGGUGCGCAAAGGUUGGAGAUCACCACUGGUUUCUUCCUGGAGUGACUCACGGUUGGGUGACUUCUCCAGGUGCAGAUCGGCGCACGUGGAAGGAAACGCAAGUCACGCAAAGUCAGAGCUGUCCAGGGAGGAAGGAACAAUGACCUCACGGCCGGAGAUGACGGAUGCUGCGGUGCAGACAGGCUCCCCUUUGGGUUCCUGCUGUGACCUCCAGAAGAUUUCGAACUCCAACAGCGGCUCCCACUCCCUCUUGGGCUCGCCGCCUGGAUCCAGACUGAACCUGAAGGCUUCGGUGGGCUCUCACUCCAACCUGGUUUCGGCGUCCUCGAGCAUGUUCCCGGUGAGCGGCGGCGAGGAGGAAGAAAAGCAGCAGGACGCCCCAGAGUGGGACGUUACCUCCGCUUCUGCGCGGCAUCUGGAGAGAAAGAGGUCGUGUCUGAAGGCCCAGUCUGACGAAUGCGAUGAGCUCGGUAGGAGGGGCAGCAUGAAGCAGGUGCUGUGGGACGAGCACGGGCUGACGUGGGACAUUCACGGAGCAUCCGUGGACCCGGAGGAGCUCAGCACCGCUAUACAGAAACACCUGCAUCUCAAGAACAGCCCCCUCCCACAGAGGCGUACCUCUAAGAAAAAGAAAGCGCCGAUGCCCCCGCUCAUAUCAAACAUGGUAACAACAAUGGCGCUUGACACGAGCCCGCCUGCAAUGAGCAUUAAGUGCAUGGUGGAGGGGGAGAGCCAGGAAACCCUGGAGGAAGAAGCGAGGAGGGAGGCGCAGCAGGAGGCAGGAGGCAAAAGGCAGGAAAAGGAGGAGGCUACUCGUAGGCAAAGCAGUGAGGAGCAAGGCAAAGCACAUGAAAUAGAGGAAGAGGAAGGUGGAGAAAAGACAGCCAGCGUCUUAAAGUCACCAAUACUCGGGGGUGGACACGGCAAGAAAAAGAUAGUUAUCAGAUCCCUGAUGAGACCUGGGUGGUGCGGAGGCUCCCGAAAGACCGAUGACUGAGACGCCAGCGAUCUUACUUAGCGUAUUAAAAGUUAACGUUGAAGAGACACAUUCAGUUUGGUUGUGCUCAAAGCUUUCCAUCAGUACACAUUCGGUCACUUUCUAUAGAUUUGGUAGUAUUUGCCAGUAUUUUGAAGCCAUCCAAGUGCGAAAUAUUAAACCAGUUAUCCCCCCAACCACCACCAUCACCACCCACCCAUCUGUCCUGUUUUUGAUUCCUCAUUAAUGCGCAUAAAAAGUGACUCACGGUUGAGUCUAUGUUUAGAAAAACAUAUCUAAACAUAGAAUAGAAGAAUUAAAGGACACGCCAUAAAUUUUAUACUUUUCCCUUUCAACUGCGUUUAGCCUUUUAGCAAGCGAUAGUUUUAUACGUUUCACUGUCUGGAAAUGACAAAUAUGUCAAAACAAUAGUGUGAAAAAACACAGCAAGAGCAUAUGUUGUACAAGGAACUGCAACCAAUUAAAUCUAAAUGUUGUGAUUAAACAUACAUGAAGAUGGUGCGGUAAGAUCUUUUACUGAUUGAACACAAUAUACAAAUAUACAGCAGACAUUUUGUACUGAAAGAGGACACAUAGAAAAUGCUGAAAAGGAAAACAAUGUUUUUACCUGAGAAAAUCUACGCUCCCGAACAACAGCUGCAGUCGACUCGAUGGUCUGGCUGUCGACUCCGCUUCAGCUAUUUUUUCUAACUGUGGCAUGAACUAGGCUGUUAUCUUUGUUCCUUUUCUCCGGAUUUGGGUAUCUUCCUUUAAAUCUAAGACUGUUGAUUAAUUUGGGGAAGGGGGAAACUUUUUUUUCCGACAGAGACAGUUUAACUCACUUUAUCUUUUUGCUAUGUUGGCAACGAGGAUGCUUAUACCCACUUAACUUAUUCCUGUUACAAAUGUUUUCAAGAAAACACUCUGUGUCCUAUAUACAAUUUUAAUACACCAAGCGCUAUAAAUCCAGAUUACAUCAUCUAUAUAUGGUACUCCCUUCCUCUUGUUAAGAAAGGCAAGGAUGCAAAGGCUAUUCGAAAAACAACACAAAGGCCGAUUAGGAUUUAUUUAUCAUUCAUACGUUCAAUGUUUGUGUUUAUUGGUUCUAAAAUAGGAUAGGAUUUGCCUUUUUCACUUUCAACCAAUGGAAUUAAUAAAAGUUUACUUGUUCUGUCAUAGUAGAAGUUUGUGUGUAAUUUUAGAUAAGCAUAACGUCAUUUCAUGUUAUUCAUAUUAA